AAAGAAGGCGGCCACAGGCGUAAUAAUCGAGUACCGAGCGCUCAAGCGGCACCACCCGACGCAUUCAUAUCGCCAUGGAUAAACAAAACGCACAGAAAAGCGUCAAAAUAGCCGCUGGUGCAGUUGUGUGUGUUGAAAGUGAGAUCAGAGGAGAUGUGACAAUAGGUCCCAGGACAGUGGUUCACCCUAAAGCUCGAAUCAUUGCAGAAGCAGGACCCAUUGUCAUUGGAGAAGGCAAUUUGAUUGAAGAGCAGGCACUUAUUAUUAAUGGUUUUCCAGAAAAUAUCACACCGGAUUUGGAAUUUGAACCAAAGACUAUGACCAUCGGCAUCAAUAACGUUUUUGAAGUGGGAUGCACAUCCCAAGCUCUGAAAAUUGGAGACAAUAAUGUAAUAGAAUCAAAAGGCAAGUCUCUUUACUUUUCGCUGAACAUUAUUUUCAUGUGCCACCAAGAGUUUUGUUCAGUGUUCUUCUUGUUGAUCCUUUUAUUAGCUGAAGUUGGUAGAAACGUCAUAUUGACCAGUGGCUGCAUUAUCGGAGCAUUUUGCAGAGUCAACACCUGUGAGGUCAUACCUGAGAAUACGGUUAUAUACGGCUCAGGUUGCAUGAGGAGGGUGCAAACUGAGAGACCACAGCCUCAAACUUUACAACUGGAUUUUUUGAUGAAGAUUUUACCAAACUACCACCAUCUGAAGAAGUCUGUCAAAGCGGGUCACAAUCCCAGCUAGACCUCACUUUUGGACAUUACAUGCAGAAAAUGUAUUAAGUGCAUAUUGUAAGAUAACACAACUAUAGUAUACAGUAUAAUCUCUUUAUGUGAUCUGAUAACCCUGUUACCUUUAAUUAUAAAAUAUUUUCUUAUGCUUCUGCUUUCCUAUACCUUUUUGAACUGAGUUUGUUUUGUAAGAUUAAUAAAUGACCUUAAAUAAAAUUGUUUGCAUUAUAUACACAA